AUGGGGAGAUCGGAGCCUCCAUUCCUUUAUGAUCGUCCCUCUACGUACAGCUUCCAUGGCCCGACCGACCCCGGUUUCAACCCCAAAGCCGUGACGCAGGCGAGCCGGGUCCACGCGCAGCCCAAGCCCAAGCAAAAAGGCCCGCUACUGAAUUUCAACCGGCAUCCAGACUCGUGGACCACCAGCCGCGACGUAUCAGCAUGGACGCCGAUGCACUCCAACACCAAGAACAGGGUCAAGUAUACCCGCGGCACUCAACUCGGGUUGCGAGUACUCACCUUGUUGGGUGCUCUCGCUUCCUUAUUCUGCUCCAUCGUCAUUAAAAACGUCUCGACGACCGCCCUUUGGAUCAUUCGGGCUGGACCCAUUGCUGCAAUCUUGCACACUAUCUACGGCAUCUAUCAUCUUUCUCGCUCCCCCGUCACCCGCCCCCCUGCUUCGCAAGCCAGCUAUGGACUAUUCGCCUCCACGCUCGAUGCGGGAUUGAUCCCAUUCUAUGCGUUUACCGCAUUCAUGGCCCAAGCAGAAUGGACGGAAGAUACAUACCACUGGAGUACAUUGUUCGAGAGCGCCGACUUGACGGUUGAUAUCUCCGAAGCUAUGUUCAUUUGUGCCGUUGCCAACGCCGGGCUGCACCUCGUGUCGCUUUCCCUAUCAAUAUUCCUGGCCGUGAUCUUCCGCAAGAUUUCUCACUUGCCACCUGAUAUGAAUCCGCUGGAAGACAAUCUGACUGCACGUCCCAAGAGAAGCCGCAAGGAAAUUGACAUAAGUGAGAAGCAUAUGAGCUCCUCCACGUUGAACUCGACCAUGGAAGAUCCUCUUAUUGGGCCUGCUCGCUCUGUCCCGUUCAUGCACACUCGCGGCCAGUCCUUCGGGGGUGAUUCUAACAGAGGGUCUGUGGAUAUGAUGAACGAGAAGCGUCAGUCCCAGACAUUCUUUCAACCACACCGACUAUCUCACAUAGAGCCAUCGAGCCCAACGCUCUUCCACACUCCCGCAAGUCAGCCUUAUGAUCUCACAUCCCAUACCCCGGCACCGGAAUACAGAAAUGUGCCUAAGCAAUUGCCGGAAAUUGUAGAUCCUACUACUCAAAUGCGCCAUCUGGCGUCACGAACUGCGGACAGAUCGGAUUCGGUAAGCCCCAUAUCUGACAACUGGGUCGCAUACUCGGAUCGUGCUCUGUCGCCAAUGAAUGAUGGAAUGAAUGAUGAACACAAUCAAGAUGGCAAUACCCUCCGUCAAUCAUCUUCGGUUUACAGUCGACGGACGGAUGCGACGGGUACCUCGACAGGGAGCACCAUGCGGGACUGGUUUGCAUACGGUCAAAAGCCUGCCAACAUUGGAAGUGUGAUUCCCGAGGACGCCCGGGGCGAGUAUGCAUCACUGUCGGCACGGGAGUAUUACGGAAAUGAAGAAGACAACAAUCACGAGCAGGACCUGGGUGAUACCCGUUUCAACAUCUUCCCCGACCCAGAAGAGAAUGACCAUGAUAUUCACGAGGAGACAUCUGGAGGCCUUCCCUUCAACCCCCUCAUGUUGAACCCUCCUACUCCACAGCCUGUUCUGACCGAGACUCUGGAGAACACCGAUCCCGUGCGGCGCAAUGCAUUGGGUGAUAACCCGAAUCUGUCGCAAAACCAGAAGGCUCAAGUGUUUGUGCCACAUGACGAUACCGAUUCUCUUCCAGCAAAGAGCCGCUUCUACGGUGAUUUGGAGGAAGAAGAUAAUUUUGGACGCGUCCGUUCUCGCGACCCGAGUGAUCAGAUCUCCCGCAAGCCGACAAAGCUCUCCAAAAAGCGCAGCAAGAAGAUGGCCGCUUACCAAUCUCUCAAAAAGGACGAUAGCGAUCAUGAGGGAUACCUGAGUCCCCCGGCCCCGUCAUCACCAGCUCUGAACGAGGGAGAUCGCAAGGGCCGCGUGGUCAGCAAUUCAGGCGCAGAUACCACUCGGCAAAGUCUUGUCGGCGGGGUUGGUGCAUCCCUUUCCUCAUAUGGCAGUUAUCUCGCAGGCCUGGGCGUUCCCAAGGUUGCUCGUCGGCGGGACGUGUCUGGUGCCAUUGUCGAGGAAGGCCGUGGUGGAAAGAGUAUUGAGGUGCAGCCUAACCAGAGCCCCAACUCGAACCAGUCACCGGUUCGGGCCGCAGGAUGGGCGCGGUUUGCCGGACUGUGA